AUGGAUUCAUCUUCUGAAUCGUCUUCGUAUUGUGUUCCCCCUUCUCUUUCCGACUCAUCAAACGGGAGCACUUUUCAGUUUUUCCUAACGGUUUUAGACGCGUACGAAGACACCGGAAGCUCUAACAACACCCGUAGGUACAUCGACCGAGAUCGGGCAGACGCGCACGAUAGGCUAAUGCGCGACUACUUUGUUGAAGACUCCAUUCGACGAGCCAUUUUUCCGUCAUCGUUCGAGUACUUUCAAACACGAUAUGAUGCUCGGGGAAAAAGAAGCUUCACAGCUCUACAAAAAUGCACAUCGGCAAUCAAACAAUUGUCCACGGGUGACCCUCCAGUCGCGUAUGAUGAGAAUUUAUACAUUGCGGAAAGAACAUCACGUGAGAGCCUCGAGUAUUUUUGUGAUGCGGUCAUUGAUUUAUACAAACUGGAGUUUUUACGUAAGCCGACAUCUCACGAUGUUGCUUUCAUCACACAAGCGCAUGAAGAAGGACACCACAUUCCAGGAAUGCUUGGUACUCUUGAUUGUACACACAUCAAAUGGUCUAAGUGUCCUAAAUACUUAAGAGGGCAAUACACGAGGAGUGAUCAUAAGAUGCCAACUAUUAUGAUUGAGUGUGUUGCUUCUUACGACUUGUGGAUUUGGCAUUCGUUUUUUGGUCCUGCUGGAUCAAACAACGAUGUCAAAGUUUUGAAUCAGUCGCCAUUGUUUAAUUCCUAUCGUAAUGGAUCUGCACCAGACAGUUCAUUUAGCGUAAAUGGACGAAAUUACAAGCAUGGAUAUUACCUUAUCGAUGAAAUAUAUCCUAGGUGGUCUACGUUUGUUAAGUCAUAUCCCCAUCCAGUCGAAGAGGAUGAAAAGAAGUUCAAAAGACUCCAAGAGGCGGCAAGAAAGGAUGUUGACCGGGUUUUCGUGUUCUCAAAGGGAAAUGGAAGAUUUUGGAGCGUCCCCUCCGGUUCACGACAAAGGUAA